AUGUCCUCAAGCUCUACCAACUCCAACCCUCCGAACAAGCCUACUCCCACUACAGCGAAGAUGCCGUAUUCCGUACGUACAUUUUCAAACAAUCAUCUCCCGGCUGGUAUCAACCCCCCGAGUUUCCAAACAUCUUUCGCGAGCAGCAGGCUCCAUACCAUUAUCAGUUCCCGUCUUACGAGCCAACUCAUCCUCCCCGAAGAAGCAAAAGCGCUGACUCCAGAACGAGCAUAA